AUGCCUAAUUGGUUUGAAUGGCCAACAUGGGCAAAUUUUGCCCCGGACCAGGAUGAAAUCGCGCCACCACUUGAAUUAGCUGCUCGUCCUCCUUCUCGCUCUAGAUCUUCAUCUCGGCGGCGACGGUCCAGGCGACGUUCCAGUGAGCUCACACCCGCUGAGAGAUUAGAGAGAGCAAAGAACGAAAAGAAAGUGAUUGAGUUCGAGGAACAAAGAGUGGCAUCUUUGGACCCCUUGGCUAGAUCCGCUUAUAAGGAGCGGAAGAGGCUUCGGGAGGAGGAAAGAAUCAAAAAUUUGAAAAUCACAUUUGCGACAGGUGUGAAAGAUGCAGCACAGCAACAAAAAACGGCGUAUGUGGAAGUCCAUCGUAAAUGGAAGAGAAAGCACGAUGAUGACACUGCGGCCCAAGCUGCAGAGAGAAGACGGGAAUUUUUAGAAAUUCAGCAGAAACGAUUCCAAAAGUCUCCAGAACAACCAGUGAGUGAAAUUCUUGCACGAGAAGCGAACAAAAGGCUUGCAGUGGAAUUAUUGGAGAGGAUUUACCUGGACCUCCAAAAUCAUUUUUCGCACCCCACGCUCAUUAAUUCUGAGACUUAUGACCCUUAUGCCCAGAUGUCUGACCAGCCUCAUCAUGUGUCAUGGCAGCGAUUUUUAAGAUUAGCCUCGAACCCAGAAGAGGUUGUGGGUGGCAUUGGAUAUGGAAUUGGACUUGACAGUACUGCCGUCCUCAUGCUAUCAGAGAAUUUCCGCAAUGCAUUGAGAUAUGGAGAACUACCUAAUGGAAGUGAAGCUCAAAGGGACGAUAAGGAAUUCGCAUUUUUAGGUAGAUGGAGAGAAAUUGAAAUCAAGCUCGGACUGGAACAUGUCAGCAUUAGAGCCUUUGCUAUCGCCCGGCGUAUUCCAUACAUGAUGGUUUACCGUCGAACAGGUCAAAAUGUAGUAAAGGGUGUACAGAUUGCGAAUGAAAAUUUCCAACUGGAUCCUUCAAUAAGAGACCCUUACGAAGUGUAUGUCGCAUUGGAUGGAAGACUUCUACCCUGCUUAUUCACACCCCUUCCCGGUGACUGCGAGUCAGUGCGCCAGGAAUUCCAUACACUUCCGUUUAGCAAAUUCGAAGAAAAUAUACCCCAUAGAGAAAUGUAUGGGACGGUACAUGAGCGCGUGAUUUCCCGUCGGUUCGAAAACCUGAAAGAGAAUGUAUACAAUCCGGAAAAUUUCAAGCGCUAUGCUCCGCCAUCGAGCUGGCCGCCUACCUGGGAAUACCCACCUGCGGAUAUCCAACAUCCAUGUCGCGAAUGGGGUAAAGAUUAUCCUGCAUGUGUCGCUUGUGGUCUUCGGACAGGCCCGUUGCACACAGCAGGAGAAGAGAAAAUCUGUCAAUGCACGACAUUAAGUGUCUUUGAUAAAGUUCUCGUAGAGAUCAAAGAGUACACAUCCAGCACCACAUCCAAACAACUUAAUCUUGGAAUUAGGACUUUGCAGAAACUUCAAAAAGGACAUAUCAUUGGGGAAGUCCUUGGAGAAUUCAUCCCGCUGGGAGCCGAGGGGGACUUUAAGUGUCAUCAUAAUUCCUCUGUAGACUUCUAUGCUCCUCCAUUCGUUGACAACAAUGGAAAAGUUUUAGAUGUUGAUCCAGAUGUUUUAACCAAGAAGCCAAUUGAUACCAAUACAGAUCCCAUCGCAACACUUAUUACGGGCCAUAAAGGAGGAUGGAUCAGACUGAUCAACGCAGGCACGAGUCAAACAGCAAACGUUGAAGCUCGUUCGGAAGUUUGGGCUGGAAAAUUGCGUGUCACUAUUAGACCGUUACGGAAUAUAAAUUUUGGAGAACAAUUGUUAAUCCGAUGGGGAGAUAUAUAUCUAGAACCUGAUGGACAAUCUCUCAAUGCUAGAAGGAAAAAAGAUCAUACGGAUAGGUUACCAAUGCGAGCUCUUAGCGGAUUCUUUAAAUAG